AUGGAAUCAGCGUCGCAUGCCAUUUCGUCCGCUUUACCAACAAGCACUGGCGGGUUCCUGUCACCCAUAUUUGCUUGGACAGACAGUGCAUCGGAUACCCUGUCUUCAAAUUCGACGUUCUUUGGCCUGAAUUCCACCAAGGACCUGCUCCAGAUCCCGACUCUCCUCCUCGACUUCCCUCGGUAUCUGCUCGAGACGACCGGCUUGCUCGCAAUCGCCGAUAACGACAUUGCAGCACCGGUCGCAGAGGCUGUGGGAGAGGGCGCUGCGCAGGCCGCAGAUGCCGGCCCUGUGUGGCUCAACAUCGUCGCCGAUGCGUUCUCUGCGUCUACUUUCAAGAGCUAUCUGGGAAUGUUGCAAUAUGUGACGUCCCGGUGGGCAUUCACCUGCUUUGCGGUGGCCUCAUACUCAACAGGAUAA